GUAGUGGGAACCUGCCCUCUUCCAUCCAGGUGGCCUUCAUACAGUCUCUGGCAUAUGUGGGUCCAGCCCCAGGCUGGGCCUAGUGAUGGGGAAGCAUGGAGAGAGACACUGAGGAAGGACAGGGCCAAACCCUUCAGUCAGAGCAAAUGGGGACUCAUGGCCCUACCUGGCAUUUCCAAGCUUUGGCAGCUCUCAGGUGUUUCCUGGCUGCUCAGCCCUUGUUGUGGCCAAGUGGUGGGUCUCAGGCCGAGCCUAUGGUAACUUCAGACUGGAUACUACUCCAAGCCCUUAUUUCCAGUCCUCAGCAUCCCAGAGAGAGCUGAUCCCACGGACUCAGCCUGGGGGUUGAGGGGUAGGAAGGUUGGCUUGGACCUUGGGAUCAGCUGUUACCCCUCAGAGCUGGGACCCAGAGCACAGCAGAAGCCAGAACAAGAUACAGAGCAUGGAUGUGUUGUCACUAUACAAAAAGGUCCUCACAACUGAAAAUCUAUUUCAACAAAAAGCUCAACUCCAUCGCCCAAAACAUCCGAAGAACUUGAGUUUCUCCAAAUCUUCAUUCUGAUAAGGACUGGCACAAGCCCCAGCUAAGCCUCAGACCUGUAUGCCGCUCAGAUACUCCAUAAAGGACAGUUGUCAUAACAGCACAGCCCUGUGUAAGUCAGACCAGAGCAUGGCUUCCUGUAGUUCCACAAAGAAGACCUCUAAAUAUCCUAUCCUCCAGAAGGUCCUUUCUCAACACAACUCAACACGCCGUAGAAAAGCCCCUGCUAGGCCCCUUGCAAAACAAGGUAAGGCUGUUCCUAUAUCCCAACAAGCUGUGCCUGCUGAUCAAACGACACCCACAGCAAGCUCUCAGCAGACAGAUGCCAAUGAUACAACAGUCACAGAAAGCAAGGUAACAGUCUCCAACGAAGGCAGUCAAAUAAACACUCUCUGUGUCAAGCAAGCUCCUCCCUGCAGAAGCCAGCUAGCAACUCCUAACGAGGGCAACUUGAUGAACUUCAGUGGUGACCAAACCCCAUUGGAAGGCUGUCCAAUCACUUCUGGGGGUGACCAAGACUUCGACUGGGGUCAAAUGAUGACCUUUAAUGCUGACCAGAAUUGUCAUGGGAAUCAGAAGAUGACCCUCAAUGGUGACCAGAAUGUCUACAGAGAUGAUAUGGGAACUCUCAGUGGCAAUCAAACCUACUAUAAGGGUCAAAUGAUACCCCUCAGUGGUAACCAGCCUCUCUACAGGAGUCAGAUCACAACCACCACUGAAUAUCUAAACUAUGGGGCUCAGGUGACACUCCCCAAUGAUAACCAGACUUUCUUUGGGGGUCAGAUGACAACUGCCACUGAUGAGGUGACCUAUAGGCCUCAGAUGACACUCCCCAAUGAUAACCAGACUUUCUCUGGGGCUCAGAUGACAACUGCCACUGAUGAGGUGACCUAUAGGCCUCAGAUGACACUCCCCAAUGAUAACCAGACUUUCUCUGGGGCUCAGAUGACAACUGCCAUUGAUGAGGUGACCUAUAGGUCUCAGAUGACUCUCCACAAUGAUAACCAGACUUUCUUUGGGGGUCAGAUGACAACUGCCACUGAUGAGGUGACCUAUAGGCCUCAGAUGACACUCCCCAAUGAUAACCAGAUUUUCUCUGGGGCUCAGAUGACAACUGCCACUGAUGAGGUGACCUAUAGGCCUCAGAUGACACUCCCCAAUGAUAACCAGACUUUCUUCGGGGGUCAGAUGACAACUGCCACUGAUGAGGUGACCUAUAGGUCUCAGAUGACACUCCCCAAUGAUAACCAGACUUUCUCUGGGGCUCAGAUGACAACUGCCACUGAUGAGGUGACCUAUAGGUCUCAGAUGACACUCCCCAAUGAUAACCAGACUUUCUUCGGGGGUCAGAUGACAACUGCCACUGAUGAGGUGACCUAUAGGCCUCAGAUGACACUCCCCAAUGAUAACCAGACUUUCUCUGGGGCUCAGAUGACAACUGCCACUGAUGAAGUGACCUAUAGGUCUCAGAUGACUCUCCACAAUGAUAACCAGACUUUCUCUGGGGCUCAGAUGACAACUGCCACUGAUGAGGUGACCUAUAGGUCUCAGAUGACACUCCCCAAUGAUAACCAGACUUUCUUUGGGGGUCAGAUGACAACUGCCACUGAUGAGGUGACCUAUAGGCCUCAGAUGACACUCCCCAAUGAUAACCAGACUUUCUUUGGGGGUCAGAUGACAACUGCCACUGAUGAGGUGACCUAUAGGCCUCAGAUGACACUCCCCAAUGAUAACCAGACUUUCUUUGGGGGUCAGAUGACAACUGCCACUGAUGAGGUGACCUAUAGGCCUCAGAUGACACUCCCCAAUGAUAACCAGACUUUCUUUGGGGGUCAGAUGACAACUGCCACUGAUGAGGUGACCUAUAGGCCUCAGAUGACACUCCCCAAUGAUAACCAGAUUUUCUCUGGGGCUCAGAUGACAACUGCCACUGAUGAGGUGACCUAUAGGCCUCAGAUGACACUCCCCAAUGAUAACCAGACUUUCUUCGGGGGUCAGAUGACAACUGCCACUGAUGAGGUGACCUAUAGGCCUCAGAUGACACUCCCCAAUGAUAACCAGACUUUCUCUGGGGCUCAGAUGACAACUGCCACUGAUGAGGUGACCUAUAGGUCUCAGAUGACACUCCCCAAUGAUAACCAGACUUUCUCUGGGGCUCAGAUGACAACUACCACUGAUGAGGUGACCUAUAGGCCUCAGAUGACACUCCCCAAUGAUAACCAGACUUUCUUCGGGGGUCAGAUGACAACUGCCACUGAUAAGGUGACCUAUAGGCCUCAGAUGACACUCCCCAAUGAUAACCAGACUUUCUCUGGGGCUCAGAUGACAACUGCCACUGAUGAGGUGACCUAUAGGCCUCAGAUGACACUCCACAAUGAUAACCAGACUUUCUUCGGGGGUCAGAUGACAACUGCCACUGAUGAGGUGACCUAUAGGCCUCAGAUGACACUCCCCAAUGAUAACCAGACUUUCUUUGGGGGUCAGAUGACAACUGCCACUGAUGAGGUGACCUAUAGGCCUCAGAUGACACUCCACAAUGAUAACCAGACUUUCUCUGGGGCUCAGAUGACAACUGCCACUGAUGAGGUGACCUAUAGGCCUCAGAUGACACUCCACAAUGAUAACCAGACUUUCUUCGGGGGUCAGAUGACAACUGCCACUGAUGAGGUGACCUAUAGGCCUCAGAUGACACUCCCCAAUGAUAACCAGACUUUCUCUGGGGCUCAGAUGACAACUACCACUGAUGAGGUGACCUAUAGGUCUCAGAUGACACUCCCCAAUGAUAACCAGACUUUCUCUGGGGCUCAGAUGACAACUGCAACUGAUGAGGUGACCUAUAGGCCUCAGAUGACACUCCCCAAUGAUAACCAGACUUUCUUCGGGGGUCAGAUGACAACUGCCACUGAUGAGGUGACCUAUAGGCCUCAGAUGACACUCCCCAAUGAUAACCAGACUUUCUCUGGGGCUCAGAUGACAACUGCCACUGAUGAGGUGACCUAUAGGCCUCAGAUGACACUCCCCAAUGAUAACCAGACUUUCUCUGGGGCUCAGAUGACAACUGCAACUGAUGAGGUGACCUAUAGGCCUCAGAUGACACUCCCCAAUGAUAACCAGACUUUCUCUGGGGCUCAGAUGACAACUGCCACUGAUGAGGUGACCUAUAGGCCUCAGAUGACACUCCCCAAUGAUAACCAGACUUUCUCUGGGGCUCAGAUGACAACUGCCACUGAUGAGGUGACCUAUAGGCCUCAGAUGACACUCCCCAAUGAUAACCAGACUUUCUUCGGGGGUCAGAUGACAACUGCCACUGAUGAGGUGACCUAUAGGCCUCAGAUGACACUCCCCAAUGAUAACCAGACUUUCUCUGGGGCUCAGAUGACAGCCCCCAAUGUUGACCAGGUCUUCUUUGGGUGUCAGGCAAUGUCCUUCAAUGGUAACCAGGCUCUCUACAGAAGUCAGAGGACAACUUCCUGUGGUGACCAGACCUUUUAUGGAAACCAGAUAUCCUAUGAUAACAGAUUUCCAUACAUUCCAAAUUCUCAUUUGGCCCAAGGACAACCUCCAGAAUGCUCUUCAAGCUUUCCUUUGGUCCAAAGAAAUCUGGAUGAGAAGGACCCCAAGACUCCAACCCCUCAGGUACAGAGGAACAAUCGGAAGUCCCACGUGUGCACUUAUGAGAACUGUGGACAGGCAUACUCAAAAUCUUCCCACCUCCGAGCCCAUAUACGCAAACACACUGGGGAGAAGCCCUACAAAUGUACCAUGCCUGGAUGCUCAUGGAAAUUCUCCCGCUCAGACGAGCUCAACCGACACAAGAGAAAGCACACCGGGUUGAGGCCCUACCCGUGUCCAAAGUGCAACAAGAACUUUGCACGAUCAGAUCACCUAAGGAACCAUGAAAAGAUGCACAAGUAGUUUCCACUCAGCACCAGAAACCAUCAGUCCAUAAAAAAGCAUGGAUAGCUGUAAUAUACAAAGUGUGGAUAGCUGUAAUGUUCUGCUUGCAAUGAGGAUUAGACUCUGACUAGGAAUUGGCAGCAUACGCCUUUAAUCCAGGCACUUAGGAAGCAGAGGUAGGGGGAUCUCUGGGAGUCUGAGACCUGCCUGAUCUACAGAGUAAGUUCCAGGACAGGUUCCAAAGCUCAAAGCUACCCAAAGAAACCCUGUCUCGAAAAGGUUAGAAUAAAUUUCUAAUGUGAAGACGUUGUUUGAGACUAGGUGAAGAGGCAAAAGGCCUUUAAACUCAGCACUUGGGAGUCAGAAAAUCUCUAAGUUUGAGACUAUCUUGGUCUAUGUAAUAACCCUGUCUAAAAGAGAAAAGAAAAAAAGUUAUUCAAGGAUGUGGUUGUGAUCAAUUGCUUACGUGAGCAGGUCGUCGUGUCUCCUCUUGCUUUAGCUGUUUGAGGGAAGAAGGAGGGUAAUCCCCCAGUCUCAUUGGAGUGCUGUAGCAAACACUUUAAGUAUUUCUGUCGACCAGAGUCUCCUGGAAGAAGCUCUAGCAGGGUCAAAGGCCACAUUGAAAUUGUGUUGAGCCAAGCUUGCCACCAAGAGCCCAACAGUCACCAUGAUGCUGAGCACAGAGGGUGGGGAGGGGUUCGUGGUGAAGGUCAGGGGCCAACCCUGGUCCUCCUCAGCUGAGGAAGUGAUGCGCCUCUUCUCUGAUUGCAAAAUCCAAAAUGGUAUAUCAGGUGUUCAUUUCAUGUAUACCAGAGAAGGCAGACCGAGCGGUGAAGCAUUUGUCGAACUUGAAUCUGAAGAUGAAGUGAAAUUGGCUUUAAAGAAAGUCAGAGAAACCAUGUGACAGAGAUAUGUUGAAGUAUUCAAGUCCAACAGUGUUGAAAUGGAUUGGGUGUUAAAGCAAACCGAUCCAAAUAGUCCUGAUACUGCCAAUAAUGGUUUUGUACUGCUUAGAGGACUCCCAUUUGGCUGUAGCAAGGAAGAAAUUGUUCAGUUCUAUUCAGGGUUGGAAAUUGUGCCAAAUGGGAUGACACUGCCGGUGGACUUUCAGGGGCAGAGCACAGGGGAGGCUUUCGUGCAGUUUGCUUCACAGGAGAUAGCUGAAAAGGCCUUAAAGAAACACAAGGAAAAAAUAGGGCACAGGUACAUUGAAAUCUUCAAGAGUAGCAGAGCUGAAGUCUGAACCCACUAUGAGCCCCCUCGAAAGCUUAUGACUAUUCAGUGUCUGUGUCCUUGUGAUAAGCCAGGGGCUCGAAGAGGGUAUAACAGCAUUGGCAGAGGCGCUGGGUUUGAAAGAAUGAGGCGGGGUACCUAUGGUGGAGGAUAUGGAGACUGAUGACUAUGGAGGCUAUAAUGAUGGGUAUGGUUUGGGGUUUGAUAGAUUUGGAAGAGACCUAACUACUGUUUCUCAGGAAUGUCGGAGGAGCUUACGAUCAUAGCUACGUAGAACUGUUUUUGAAUUCUACAGCAGGGGCAACCUGUGGUGUUUAUGGUAGCCAGAUGAUGGGAGGGAUGGGUUUAUCCAACCAGUCUAGUUAUGGAGGUCCUGACAGCCAGCAGCUGAGUGGUGGUUAUGGUUGUGGUUAUGGUGGUCAGAGCAGUAUGAGUGGAUAUGACCAAGUUCUUCAGGAAAACUCAAGUGACUAUCAGUCAAACCUUGCUUAGGAGAGAAGGAACACCAGACAGCUCCAGGAAUAAAAGCUGUCAUUUAUAGGAACUGGAUGGAGUAGGAAGGAUACCCAGUAUAUCCAGUAUGAUCGGCAAAUGGGAAAUACAAUUGCUUCUGAUCACUAACUGUUUUGCAUUACAAGCUUGUGAUUCAUGCUUACUGUAAAGUGAAAGUUAAGAUUGUUUUCAAACUUUAAGCUCAGCAAUUUUGAACACUGAAAUAUUCAUAUAGGACAUAAUAACAAGUUCAGUAUUGACCAUAACUGUUAAAUCCACUUUCAACUUUCCUCAAGUUAGUUAUGUUGUAGGAGUGUGCUUAAACAGUAAGCAUAUUUAAGUUUAAAACAGUUUCGCUUACAUUAAAUGUUGCUCUUAUACCACAAUUCAUCAAAACCUUCAGAUGCUUUUCUGUAAAAAUCAAAUAUAGGCUACCAAGCGAGUUCCAGGACUGGCUCCAAAAUAAUACAGAGAAACCCUGUCUUGAAGGAAAAAAACAAAAAAAAAUCAAAUAUAGGAGCUGUGUCUAUGAUUCAAAGUGACAACAUUUGACAUGUUUGUUCUAGCUUUUUAUUUUAAUAUCCUUAAAGCACGUGAGUAUACACUCUCACUUUUUUUAAAGAUCUGGGACAAUUUUGAGAUGUAAUACCAAUACUUCAGAAGUUUGGCUAUGUUGUUUGUAUGGAAUUCUGAGGCUUUGAUCUAAAUCUUACCUUGUAUUGUGAGUUCCGUUUAGAUGUAUUGUAGUAAGUGAAACUUGUUAGAUAGAUCUUCCUUUUAAAAACUGGAAAAAAAGCUGUUGAAACCAAGCAAUAAUCUCUCUUAUCAAUGAAUAAAUCUGCCACUCCUGGAAUGCUCA